AUGGUACUUUUGUUAAAAUGUGCUCUUGGGGGAUCUAAACACGUAGAAUAUAUAAAGUUGCAAUUUUUGACAUCCGGACACAGUUUUCUGCCCAAUAACAGUGAAUUUGGGGAUGUAGAAUGUGUUCUCAAAAGGCACACUGAAAUGUUUUCCCCUGAAGACUACAUUCAGGUUAUGGAGUCCUGUAGAAAGAAGCGUCCCAUUGAGGUGGUGAGCAUAGAAAGAGAAGACUUUGUUAGUACCCAAAAGAUUGAAAAAGAAAUAACUAAUAGAAAAAAAGUUGUGAAAAGGAAAAGAUCAACUAACUAA